GCAGAAGCGAGAGAGAUCCGGAGCAGCCGCAGUCCCACCGACCUCGCCGCCGGUCGCCCUCCAUCUCCUCGCCGCUGCCUCUCGGGUAUCCCCUCCCUAGGGACCGUGAAUGCGUCUGUUGCGGCUGUACGCAUUAGAUUCUUCGGAGUAUGUUGCGGCUUAGAUUCUCCAGAGAAAGAUGAAGAUCUGUUGUGCAUUGCGGUCUUCGGUGGUUGAUCCGUCGAUUUUUUUCGUUUCAUGUUGUGUCUAGGUUAGACCUAAUUGUUUAGGUAACCUCGUAUCACUGGAUGCGCAUCUCCCCAGUGUUAGUCUCAAAGAUACUAACUUACAGAGUGACUUUUCUCUAAAAGUGUGCAUACAAGUUUUGAAUACUUGUAUGAGACAUGUACUUGGAACUUUUAAUUUCAGGAUACAACUUAUAGGAUAAUAUCACAUGAGUGUGAGCAUUACUCAUAGGUGAUAUUUAGGAGCAAGUCAUCUAUAUUUUAAACUUUGACAUGUAUUAAAUUGAAUGAUACCAAUUGAUAAUAUGAAAUACCUCUUGAAUAAUGUUAAUACCAUUUGUUAGAAAACUAGAAGAGCUAUAUGCCAGGCUUCUAGAGAAUUUUAAGAUCAUGUAGGUUUGCUCUGUAUGAGUGAAAACAAGUAAUUCUACAUACGGUAUAUCCAAAGUGUAUGUCUGCGAAAAAUAUAAACUGAUCAUGCUAGAAGCCUAGAACAUAUGGGUAUGCGUGGUUCAAUAUUUUUACCAGCUUUUCUGAGAAUCUGGUUGUGGAAAUAAUCUAAAUAUCGUGGGGAUUACAUGCGGAGGAAGAUAAAGCGGUGCAAAGGGUUCAGGAUCUAGAAACCGACGAGUCUAAGUUUCUUCACUUUCUAAAUCCUAAAUCCUGUGGAUGUUUUCAUCUUCCUCCGCAUAUAAGCCUCAUGAUAUCCAGAUUCUCCGCAUAACCAUAUUCUUCGGGAAUCCAGAUUCUCAGGAAAACUUGUUCGAAAAAAUGAACCAAAUGUGGCCUCUGUCUUAUCCAUAUUCUCGAGGAAUCUAGAUUCUCAAAAAAAAAAAAACUUACAAACAUGCCCUCUGUCUCAUGUUCGCGUCCUAUAAUUGUAAUCGGCGAGGAAAAAUAACACUAGGAUUCAAUGACACAAGGCGACAUGCCUGUUCACCUCGAGGUUCCCAUUACUUUGAGAUGUGUCGGAUUAGACUUUUUAGGCGAUUAGCAAAAAAAUAGCUAAAUUGAUUAAUUUAGUUAUUCUCUAAAUGUUUUUUAAAAAGAGUAGAUUAGUUCAACAUGCUCGAUAAAUUCAGAACUCUGUAUGAAAAGUAAAAGUGUGUUUGGUUGGAUGUAGAUGAGGGAAGGAAGGAGACAACUACAUUUUUAUGAUGUUUGGAUGAGAGUCACACGGAAAUAAGGCGAAAAGCAUACAAUCAUAUGGGUCGAAAGAACUAACUGGGCCGUGUGGUCUGCUGUUAGAUACGAGCAUAGACUACAGGCUCAAAGUUCCAAUUCCAACCCACCCGACGUCCGACGACAGCUGGUCCGGGUCUCCUCCAUUUCCCGGGGACCCGUCCGAUCCGAUCCCAGUCCUCAACGCCAACGGUGGGAGAUCUAGAUCGGAGCUAGCCAGCCAGCCGGCCGACGCUGUCCGCCGGCCGCCCCGGCGAUUCUGACCCGAGAUGGCGGUCGUCCCUGCUGCAGAGACCCUCGACGGGCUCAAGGACAGGUUCGAUCUCGGGGUCUUCGUAGGCGACCUCGCCCUCGAUGAGGAAGUCACCAGUGACGACGAGUCCCUGGAGGGGCUGCAGCAGGAGCUUGACAACUGCAAGAAUGACCAGGAAGUCGCAAACAUUCUAGCCAGUGGCAUCAAACUGCGCGAGUACACAAAAGGCGUCGAGAAUAACAUACGCCAAAUCGAGCUGGAUUCUAUCCAGGAUUACAUUAAGGAAAGUGAAAAUCUAGUUUCUCUGCAUGAUCAAAUUUGUGAUUGUGACAAUAUUUUGUUACAAAUGGAAACAGUUCUGACUGGAUUCCAGACAGAAAUUGGUUCCAUAAGUUCAGAGAUAAAGGUCCUUCAGGAGAAAUCUAUGGACAUGGGAUUAAAGCUGAAAAAUCGUAAGGCUGCAGAAUCUAAAUUGUCAAAAUUUGUCGAGGAUAUAAUAGUACCUCCAAGAAUGAUUGACAUAAUUGUUGAUGGAGAGGUCAAUGAUGAAUACAUGAAAACACUUGAGACUCUAAGCAAAAAAAUCAAAUUCAUCGAUGCUGACCCCAUGGUUAAAUCAUCCAAGGCUCUAAAAGAUGUUCAACCUGAGGUUGAGAGACUACGACAGAAAGCCGUCUCAAAGAUUUUCGAGUUUGUCAUCCAAAAGUUCUAUGCCUUGAGAAAACCAAAGACUAAUAUUCAGAUUCUACAGCAGAGUGUUCUUCUUAAAUACAAGUACACGAUAAAUUUCCUUAAGGAACAUGCUAAGGAGAUAUAUGCAGAAGUUCGUACGGCGUAUAUUGACACCAUGAAUAAGGUGCUAAGUGCACAUUUCCGGGCUUACAUACAAGCAUUGGAGAAACUACAGAUGGACAUAGCAACUUCCACUGAUUUGCUUGGUGUUGAAACCAGAAGCACAGGCUUCAUUUUCUCCAUUGGAAAAGAACCUCUGAAAACCCGUCCUUCAGUGUUUGCUCUGGGUGAACGAAUAAACAUUUUGAAGGAAAUCGACCAGCCAGCAUUGAUACCUCAUAUAGCUGAAGCGAAGUCACAGAAAUACUCGUAUGAAGUUCUUUUCAGAAGCUUGCAGAAACUUCUUAUUGAUACUGCCACUUCAGAAUACCUGUUUACUGAUGAUUUCUUUGGCGAAGAAUCCAUAUUCCAUGAUAUAUUUGCAGGACCGAUUCAAGUUGUUGAUGAACAUUUCAAUACUGUACUCCUGAACUGUUAUGAUGCAAUUGGCAUAAUGCUUAUGAUCAGAAUAAUUCAUCAGCACCAGCUCAUCAUGUUUAAGCGGCGAAUCCCAUGUUUGGACUCUUACCUAGACAAAGUUAAUAUGUCACUCUGGCCUCGCUUCAAGAUGGUGUUCGACUUGCAUUUGAACAGCUUGCGAAAUGCAAAUAUUAAAACACUUUGGGAGGAUGAUGUCCAUCCACACUAUGUUACAAGGAGAUAUGCUGAAUUUACAGCUUCUCUAGUUCAUCUCAAUGUUGAGCAUGGGGACGGUCAGCUUGAUCUAAAUUUGGAGCGAUUGCGGAUGGCCAUUGAGGAUUUGCUUGUUAAGUUGGCCAAGAUGUUUUCCAAACCGAAGCUACAAACUGUCUUUCUGAUAAACAACUAUGAUUUAACAAUUUCCAUUUUGAAGGAAGCUGGAACUGAGGGUGGGAAAGCACAACAACACUUCGAGGAGGUUCUUAAGAGCAACAUCGCAAUAUAUGUGGAAGAGUUGCUCCUGGAGCAGUUCAGUAGUUUGAUCAGAUUCGUCAAAUCUCGUCCAGCGGAUGAGACGGCUGCAAAUUCCGAGAAAGCCAGCAUUGCCGAAGUUGAGCCACUGGUAAAGGAUUUCGCGAGCCGGUAUAAGGCCGCGAUCGAGCUGAUGCACUAUGAUGUGAUCACAUCUUUCAGCAACUUUCUUUGCGGGAUGGAGAUCUUGAGAGCGACGCUCGCACAGCUCCUGCUAUACUACACCAGGCUCUCCGAGUGUGUCAAGAGAAUCAACGGCGGCUCUGCUCUCAACAAGGACCUUGUCUCCAUAUCCUCCAUCCUGUUCGAAAUCAAGAAGUAUUCUAGGACGUUUUAGUUGUUUCACCCCCUUCCAUGUACACUAGGACGGCUAGCUGAGGGGUAGCUGUGUAUCCUUACUUUGUAACUGGUAUGUGCGACUGCAGGGGAAACAAGGGCAUUUUGUCGUGGUUUGUAUCUUCGUCUGUGUUACCCGACUUGACCCCUGCCCCUUUCCAGCACAGAACUAUGAUCUCUAGGCUGUCUCCACAGUUAUCCUAUUCUAUCUUCUGUCCUAUCAUCUAUUUUAAACUUCAUUUUGUAAACAGUAUCGAUUAUAGUGCAAAUCUACAAUUUUAUACGAUCCGCUGUGGAUAACCA